GAAAUAGGUUUGUUUUUGUUAUUGUACUUAUCCAUGAAUUCACGCACUGGAACAAGAAGAAGAACUCAGUCGAGUCAGUCACAGACUCUGCUUCAGAAAGUUAAAAAAUUCAAGAUCAAUGUCUGUUACGAGUAUGGAUAACUGAACUCACUGGUUACAUCAAGCCAAGGCUGAGUUGUUACAGUAGAUCGAGAAAGAAGUAAUCAUACCGGUAUUUCGUCACGAUCACUGCGAUUUAACGGGUGCAGUCCCGUACCUACAUUUCUGCUUGCUCUUCACUUCUGACUCGCGAUCGGAGCUGAUAUGCAGAUCACGUGAUACGCGUUCUCUUCAGGUGAUCGCUUUUUGAUUCUUCACACCUGAUGUGAAUCUACUGGGCAGCUUCAUCCAAUCCUAUGCCUUUAGAACAGCAACCCCGUCUUCGAGAUGGAAAGAUUCCGGUUUUUGUGUUCCCCACUGAGCUAGCCUUUUAUGCCGAUGACCGAAAAUCCCAUAAACAAGUCCUGACCAUCUACAAUCCUUAUGAUUUUCCCUUUCGUUUCAAAGUUUUAUGCACGGCUCCUCGGAAAUAUAACGUUGUUGACUCAGAAGGCACUGUAAGACCAGGCUGUUGUGUAGACAUACUUAUUCGGAUCAAAGAACUCAAUGAAAUUGGGUUCGGCCAACGAGACAAGUUCCGUCUUAACCUUUACCACCAUGGUCAGCGUGAGGUCAUAGGUCGUAAGGACGUUGCGGGGUUGUUAGUAGCCACUGCUCAAGGUCGAGGUGAUCAGGAUAAUGAUGAUACCAGCUCUCAAGGCUCUUCCCCUUCCUCUUCUAAUCCUGUUUUUGUUAAUGCCAAUAGAGGGCGUGCUGGGCCUGGUGCAACAGUGGUCCUGUUAGCCCUGAUAUGUGUCGUUGCUCUGAUGUUGCCAACUCAAGGAGAGAAGGAUUCUCGUCUUCCAGACUACCUUCACUUGACUGUUAACCAGAAACUUAUUGCUGCUUAUGUUUUAGGACUUGUUACUAUGGUUCUACUACGUACAUGACAUUAACUCUACAUUUAGGAACCCCUCAUUCAAGCUUGAACAUGGACCUCCCCUUGCUACAAAAUGGAACUUUCCAAGUGUUUUGAGUAUUGUGUAUGUGUUGGUUCCUUUCAGUUGAGGUAUUAUUUUUUCUCAAUUCAUGACAGCAAGUAUACAUAUGUGUUAUUAAAAAUGAAGUUCACCCUGAUGUCAAAUUAGUUUUAAUAGUAAGAGAGAAAUAUGAUGAAAUAGUUGAACGUUUUGGUUGGAGUCUAUCAAAGAAUAGCAGAGUUUGUUAUGUCACAUGCAAUAGAAAUAAUGACAAUACUUGUUUAUUUUGGCGUAUUGUACAAAGCAGAUGCAGAUUACAAAAUAAGCAUAAAACAGCUUAGAUGCAAGAAGGUACAUUUGCAUACAAUUCAACAUUUUUGGACAGUGAGUUCACUAGCAAGUACUGUUAGUACUUAUUAAGUACCUCUUGAAAGAAAUUUUAACUUAAAGCCCCGUAUUCUGAAGUCAGGUUUAACUUAGACUCUGGUCUAACUCUGUGCUAAAAUUAUGGGGAGCCAAAAACUAAAAAAUUAUGGUUACAUUGUAUAUUUCUUAUGAUUCCAUAUACUUUGAGUGUCAUGUGAGUUAAUGAAUUGAACCUGUACUAAUAGAGAUUUUUGCCCCAAUUGGCUAUCCAUAGUUAAGCCGCAACUUUAAACUAGGUUUCAAUUUAAACUGGAGUUCAGAAUACGGGCCAUAAAGUUACUUUGAUGAUCUUAUGAAAUCAAGAAGGGCAUUCCACAAAGUAGCAGAGGCAGCUACCCCAUGUGAUAUAUAUUCCCUAAAAUUCAAGAAAUGAAAAUUAUUUUAUCUGUGCAAUCAAUAUUAAUCAGAACUUAUUUUAUACACAUUUAUAUUAUACAUGUACAUCCAUUUCUUCAGUUAUUGUGAACCAAUGAAUGUAAAAAAUUUAUAUUGCAGGACAUAUGGGGUAGCUACUCGCAUGGAAAGUCACACGAUCCAUACUUUUAACAUUCACUACACUUUAUUCUUUGAUGGAUUUUAACAAAACGAUAUAUGUUUGUCAUUUUUUCAGGUUUUAUUAAAACAAACUUGUAUCAGGGGGGCUUCUUAUUUAAAUUCAUGUAGAUAAAGAUAUUAAUAUUAUUCAAGAAAUUGUAAUUAUGCUCUUUUUGGCAACAAAAUAUCUAUUUUUCACUUUGACAGUUUUCAUUUCAAAUCAAUGAUGAAUAUGUUUAUUCCUUGUUUAUCAGUCUUGUAAGUAGACUAAAUGAUACACCUGGGCACCAUCGCAUAAAAGUUACCAACUUUGCCAUCCAAUUGUAACUUGCAUGAAAUCUUUGAUUCUGAUAGGCUGUUGAUAAGCAUUACCAUGGUAGUUGCCAUUGGAUGGCAAAGUUACUAUUAUAAUGAAUUUUAUGCAACAGGGCCCUGUAUGUCCUUGCAUGGACUUACAACGAAGUCCACGAUCCUUGUAAAUAUGAUAUCUUGAGUGAUACCAACUCUGAAAGGACUUUUCUGUGACAAGUCCUCUUUUAUCUGACAGUUACCAUGGUAACAGUGCUUCUCAGCCAAUCAAAUUCUAGUAAAGUUGUAAGAUCUGACAACUGGGGUCCGUUGCAGAAAGAGUUGCGUUUAAACGCAAGUCAAAAAAUCAAUCGCAAGUCCCAAAUGCGCGCUGUUGAUUGGUUGAAAAUCAAGUUGUGCAUGAUAUUUAGAGUUGCGAUUGAUUGCAACUCUUUCUGCAACGGGCCCCAGGUCAGACAACAAAUGUUGAAAUGUUCCCCAAGAGUUCCUUUUCGUGCUAGCACCAGUGGCGCUGGAAGAUUGUCAGAAGACAAAGGUAGAGUCCCCAGUUUUUUGCGAUAUGUUUAACAGACACUAUUCACAGAUGUCAGGAAGAAAAUGGAAUUCGCAGUAUUUCAUGGAAAACACAAUUUUUCAGUUUAAAAAGUGAUUAGGAAAAAUGCAGUAAGAAUUAUUCAAAUCAAAGCAAAAUCCAAUGAAGCAAAAUUGUUCCUUAAGUGGCAAGUCUGCUAAUCUAUAGCCUUGUUUGCAGUGUAUGACAUGUAUUUGCCAACUUUUUUGGCUUGGAAACUUUAUCAGAUUUUCACUACCGGUAUCUAAAAUUGCUUAAGCUUAUGUUUUGUACACGUCGUGGAAAAACAUGGAAUGAGAUGUUUACAAUACAGAAGAACACGGAAUUGGAAUUCUAGAGAAUGGAAAAGUGAGGUCUUUAGACACAGGUUAGGAGGGCUGAGCUAUCAUAUUAUAUGUUAGCAAUGGUAUGAACCUUCAACUCGUUAUAGAUUAAAACAUUCCGGCACCACUGGCAUUACAUGAACAUUUUAUUUUCAUCAUUUUUCUAGACCAUUGACCUAUACACAAAUGCAAAUUGUUCCCUUGUUUUAUGUAGUUGACAGCAUCAUUUAUGUGAUGAAAACUUAAAAAUAAUUAGCGUGCUGUUUGUAUGUAGGUAGUACCAAGUAUUUAUUCAAUUGUUGUAUAAUGUACUCAAAAGACUUUUAUUGAAAAAUACAAGCCAAUUGCAAUGCCUACAUUUCAAAUGUAAAUAGAACAGUUCCAAUAUUGGGCCACUUUCUCUUUAUUUCUCUUUUGCUCUCUUUCUUAUCUUUUCAUUCUCUAGCCUUCUCUCUCUCUCUUCAUUCCUCCCCCUGUCCAUAUUUUAUGCUCCGUCACUCUCCUUUAUCCUCUCUCUCUGCCUCUCCUUCCAUCUGCCUGGAGAUUUCAACAUGUUAAAUCAGAAUAAUAAAAGCUUGUUGAACAGCUCGUGUAUGAAGCAAUAUAUUCUCACUCAUCUCUCUCUUUUCCCCUCCCACCCCUUUCUCUUUCUCUCUGUUUUUCUCCCAUUUCUUUGUUUCUCUCCCAUUUCUUUGUUUCUCUCUCCCCUAUUUUCUUUCAUUCCUCUCUCUCUCUCUUUUUCUCUCCGCUCCCUCUCAUCUCUUGAUAUUUCACAUGGAAAACAGCUGAAAAUUAACAGAGUGAUCAUUUAUAUUUGUUCCAUGUUCUAACAAUUCUCUCUUCAUACCAGUAUAUUUUCUUCUUUCGAAAACUAGUGAUUAUGUAUUUGUUAUUACAUUCACUUUUUACUCAUAUACAUAUAUAUUCUAGUAUGUAGAUUAUAUGUAUUUAGUAACAUAUCACUUUAUUUUAUGUAUUUUUAGCUCUUCACCAUUGCUUGGCAUUAGAUUUCAGUGGAUUAAUUAACUUAAUGUUUUAGUGUUUUUUUUUGUUGGGGGGGGGGGUGGGGCUUGUUUAAGAAAGCAAUACAAUAAAAAGGUCCUAGGCAAAAAUGAAGAGGUGAUAAUUGGGAUUGUUUUCUUUUAAGAGAGGUCAAGCGAGCCCCCUCCUGUCACACCCCACUUUAUUAGGAUUUGUUUUUCUUUGGGUAUCUGUUACAAACUACUGAAAUUUUAUCAUUAUAAUGUCUUAUUUUCUAUCAAAUGGGUCCAACACUCAUUGUAUUUAUGAUUGAUAAAAGUGAGAUAAACGGAACAUGUUCAUUUUUUAAUCAAGUAUUAGAUCAGACUAACUGAUCUUAUUUGAAAACCCUCCUCAGAAGAAUGUUCCAUAAAGCUAUUCAUAUCAUAGUCAUUUCUUUGAACAAUUAAUUUACAGCAAGCCUAAUGUUUGUCCCAUUUAAAUUACACAUGUAGCCGAAGUGGUUAUAUGCAGAUGUUUAUUUCCUUUGACUGUAAAAACACAUUUUGACGCAUAUGUAAAUUUUUUGCAUACAUUCGUAAUUCCGAAGCUUCGUUAUUCCGAAGGUUCGGAUAUUCCGAAGGUUCGUUAUUCCGAAGGUUCGUAUUUCCGAAGGUUCGUAAUUCCGAAGGUUCAUUAGUCCUAAAACGAAAUGAGGUUCGUUAUUUCGAAGGUUCGUUAAUCCGAAAAAGAAAUGAGGUUCGUAAUUCCGAAGUUAGUCCGAAAACUAAAUGAUUAACUAACCUUAUUUCGUUUUCAGACUAACGAACCUUCAGAACAACGAACCUUAUUUCGUUUUCGGAUUAACGAACCUUUGGAACAUCGAACCUUAUUUCGUUUUCGGAUUAUCGAACCUUCGGAAUAACGCCACAAAUGUUCGGAUUAACGAACCCUUUUACGUUUUCGGAUUAACGAACAUCGAGGUAUAGGCAAUUUACGUGUUUCGGAAUUACGAACCUUCGGAAUAAAGAACCUUCGGAAUUACGAAGUGUAACCAAAUUUUUUGCCUUAAACAUAAUUGCCAGUUGGGGUAACGAUUUCAAAUCCAAUAAAAUUACUACCCAAGUGUCUGUUUCCAUAAAUAGAAAAUAUGUGCCAAAAGAUUCUGGAAGAAAUUCUGUAAUUGCUGAGAAAUUAGCAAAAUAAGCAUUGGAUUUGGGACAAAUUUUGGGGUAUGUCUCCGAGCAAUGAUAAUGCACUAUCCCACAUAUGCUUAUCUGUGUUUGCAAUCUACCAUGUGUCGUUUUUCAGCUUAGCUUUCAUGAGUCCACAAGGUUUAGUAUGUGUUACUGUACCAGAUCUAGCUCCACAAUAAUGAAAUUAAUCUUGGUUUAAAAGACGUUCUCAUGAAAUGAGAGUUUACUGCAUCUAGUUUCAUUUAUCUUUGAUAUGAAUAGCUUUCCAAAACUCCUCAAAUUUUGUUUUUAGUCAGUCGACGGAAGCCUGAAAUGGUUUAUAUGAAUAAUAAUAGUUUCAUAUAAUAGUUUCACGUUUGAAAAUUUACAACCAUUUUAAAAAUUGUAUUAGCUGGAAUACCUAUAAACUUCUAAUUGCUGCAAUGUUUUCAUGAUUUAGAUGAUUACCUUAAAAUCAUCAGAUAAACGUUCAUGAAAUAUGUACACAUUUUUAUGUUACUGGAUGUUUGUUUGUGGAGGUGCUUUAAUACAUCUCUGUUUUAUGCUGAUAUAUAUUUGUGAACACUAAGUGCUGAUUAAUAAAUGAUUUUUCAGUUUAA